CCUGACACGGGAUGUAUAUAGGGCAGAGGUGGGGCGAGGUGAGGUGUAUAUAGGACCGCUUGGUGCUGGUGUCACGACCCCUCUCUCUCUCUCUCUCCUCCAUCUGAGGUGCUCCUUGACGUCUUGCUGUCUGUCUCGAGCACAUGUUAGUCUCAGAUCAGGAGCUGACUUUGAUAGUUCCUGCUCCGGACGUGGCUACACACCUGAAGAGCUCCUGACGUGGCCACACACCUGAAGAGCUCCGGACGUGGCCACAUACCUGAAGACCUCCUACAACUGCUCCAGACGAGGCCACACACCUGAAGAGCUCCUGACGUGGCCACAUACCUGAAGAGCUUCUACACCUGCUCCUGACUUGGCCACAUACCUGAGGACCUCCUACACCUGCUCCAGACGAGGCCACACACCUGAAGAGCUCCUGACGUGGCUACAUACCUGAAGAGCUUCUACAUCUGCUCCAGACGAGGCCACACACCUGAAGACCUCCUACACCUGCUCCAGACGAGGCCACACACCUGAGGACCUCCUACACCUGCUCCAGACGAGGCCACACACCUGAGGACCUCCUACACCUGCUCCAGACGAGGCCACACACCUGAAGACCUCCUGACGUGGCCACACACCUGAAGACCUCCUACAACUGCUCCUGACGAGGCCAUACACUUGAAGAGCUCCGGACGUGGCCACAUACCUGAGGACCUCCUAUAUCUGCUCCAAACGAGGCCACACACCUGAGGACCUCCCACACCUGCUUCAGACGAGGCCACACACCUGAGGACCUCCUACACCUGCUCCAGACGAGGCCACACACCUGAGGACCUCCUACACCUGCUCCAGACCAGGCCACACACCUGAGGACCUCCCACACCUGCUCCAGACGAGGCCACACACCUGAGGACCUCCCACACCUGCUCCAGACGAGGCCACACACCUGAGGACCUCCUACACCUGCUCCAGACGAGGCCACACACCUGAGGACCUCCCACACCUGCUCCAGACCAGGCCACACACCUGAGGACCUCCUACACCUGCUCCAGACGUCGUGGCCACACACCUGAGGACCUCCUACACCUGCUCCAGACGAGGCCACACACCUGAGGACCUCCUACACCUGCUCCAGACCAGGCCACACACCUGAGGACCUCCUACACCUGCUCCAGACGUCGUGGCCACACCCGAGGAACAGUUCCAGACGAUGUUGUAAUCAGAUUAUACCCAAGAGCAGCAAGGCCUUUAGCCAGCACCCUGCUGGUGGCACCCCUCCCGGAGCACCCGUGUGUUGCUGUUGCUGCUGCACCACCAUGAAGGUGGUGACGCAGGUGCUGCUGACGGCGACGCUGCUGGGGGCCGCGUGUGCUCGCCCCCAGCACAGGGGCGCCACCAGUGGGGCCCUCAUGGACAAGCUCCUGGUGGCCCUGCAGGAGAUGCUUGCCCGGGUUGUGUGUGGGUGGGAGAGCGCCUGCGUCGCCCACACCAACACCGCCUGCUUCAGGAGCCCCGGGGACGCUGCCAGGCUGGUCGUGGCCUUCACCAACUGCAGGAGUGUUGUCCCCGCCACCUUCAUCGGUUCCCCUGGUGAAGGAGAGGCGCAGAUAGCAACCAAGAUGAAGCAGUGCCUCAGGAACCUCUUGAAGGACAAGGCUGACGUGUUCCUCGACUGUGUGGCGAGAAGUUGACGCUCCAGCUCCACACACAAGUUGUUCACAGUGAACCAUAUAACAUACCUAACCUUGGUAUAUCUAAAAAUACAUAAACUAUAAGUUAUAUUGA